AUGAAGCCUGCGCGUUCUAGGAGCAGAAAAGCUCUCACUAUAGAGGCUGAGCAAAGCAAUGCAGCUCAACAUGAAGAUAUCUCUGGAGGGCAUGAGUUCCCAAGGACUCAGCCCGCGAACGAAGAAGCCAUAACUCGUAUGGCCGAGUUCGUAACAGAGAACCCCAACAUCUUUGAGGAGUUGGGAAGAUGCCUAAAAAGACAAGGCAAGCAAAAGGCCGAGUCUUCUAAGAGGAAGUCGGAUGGGUCUCCUGAGGACUCGUCUGAGGAAGAAUCUGAUGGGAGGCGCUUAAGCCGAAGUGCCUCAAAGCGAGCAUUUUCUAAGGCCACCUCUAAGGUAGCCUCCUUGACCAAGGCAUUUUCUCGAGGGCUCUUGGGGAGACGACCCGAGGAAGAGCCUCGGCCCUUGGGAAUACCUGGGGUGGACUGCAUGAGGGCUCCACCAUUCACAGAUGACAUAAACGAGGAAAGGCUCCCUCCUAACUUUAAGCUCCCUGCAGUACAAUCUUACGACGGCCGAGGUGAUCCCGAAGAUCACAUCCAUGCCUUCAUCUCGACCUUCCGCCUAUACUGCAUUCCAGACCCUGUUAUAUGCCGGGCCUUUCCACAGAACCCGGGAGAGUCACUCCGGUCGUAUGUCCGGAGGUUCCAUGAGAAAAGCGUUCAGAUACCUGACCCCAAUGAGCAGGUAACCCUCGCUGCCUUUACCCAUGGACUCGUUGUCGGAGAGUUCAAUACGGGGAUCCAUAAGAAGUAUCCCCGCACAUUGCAUGAAUUGUGGUUGAAUGUCGAAAAGGGCAUACAGGCCGAAGACCUCCACCGCAUGAAGAAAGAGGUCCAAACCACUCGCCCAAGGGCUGAUCCCAGAAAGGGAAAAGACGCUGGCCAAACUGAAGUGGGGUCGGGAAGUGGCUUCCGAAGUCCUGGCCAAGACCGCCGCAGCGUGUUCGACAGGAUAUCCAAGGGGAAGUCACCCAUUCCCGAGUCCGAGUUGACUCCUUUGAAUACUAUCCGAUCUCAGGUGUUGUCCGUAAUGGAACAAAACAACCUCGGGAAGGCCCCACCGAGGAUGUUUGGAAGCCGAGACAAGAGGAACUCGAACCUCUACUGCUUGUAUCACCGUGACAUUGGUCACGAAACUGAGGAUUGCAACGAUCUCAAGAAGGAGAUCGAGAACCUCAUUAGAUGGGGGCACUUGAAACAGUUCAUCCGCCGAGGAGGAGGCCACCAACGCGACGAAAACCGGCGUGACAAACGAGGUGACCAGCGCCGAGAUGAGCGGCGGACCACCAGAAGCAGUUGCCGACCCCCUGAGGAUCCCAGAAAGACGAAAAGGCCUCCCCCAGACGGAUCUGCAGGACAUGGGUUGGGAUAUGGGCCGAAUAUCGCUGGAGUCAUUAACACCAUUGCCGGAGGUCCGACGGGAGGGGAUAGUCAGAACUCCAGAAAGAGGACCUAUAGGCAGGCCAAUCCGGAUCAGGUCGAGUCGAGUUCUCGCCUGUCUGAGAUGAUCACCUAUGGACCCAGUGAUCCCGUCCCAGCUGCCUCCAGCAGUCAUGAAGUUUUGGUGAUUGAAGUCCUCACCAACAACUACAUUGUGAAAAAGGUCUACAUAGAUCCGAGAAGUUCAGUUGACGUCAUGUACCUUCGCACCUUUGAAAGUCUUAAACUGGCCAGGGAGCACAUGACCCCGGUGAGAACCCCUCUUGUAGGGUUCGAGGGGCACGUUGUGCACCCCGAGGGAAUGGUAACCCUGACGGUGACCGUGGGGCACCACCCCCGCUGCCGAACUAUCCCGGUGAAUUUCGUGGUGGUUAAGGCUGACUCCCCAUAUAACCUGCUCUUGGGUCGACCCACUCUUAAUGCUCUGCGGGUGGUGUACUCUACCUACCACCUAAGCUUUAAGUUUCCUACCCCCGCAGGGGUGGCCGAAAUCAGUAGCGACGUCUGCGCUGCCCGGGAGUGUUACCUCGCCACUCUACAAGCGGUCUCCCCCUCAAUCUCCGGAACGAGGCCCGAGAAGAGGUCAAAUAUCCUCUCAAUAGAUAGUAUCGACUCUCAGCGAGUUGAGAAGGUCCCGAGGCUGGAGACUAGGGAUGAGGUGGAAGAGUUUCCCGUGGACCCCACGAAGCCUGAUCAGACAGUUCGCAUUGGUACCCGAUUGCCCGGUCCUGUCCGAAGAGGUAUGGUGGACCUCCUCAGAGAAUAUCGGGACGUCUUUACUUGGGCCGCCGAAGAAGUCCAAGGAGUCCCGCACCACCUCAUGAUGCACAAGUUGAACGUCGACCCCCAAGUCCGUUCGGUCAAACAGAAGAGAAGGCACCUCGGCCCUGAGCGCAGCCGAGCUGUCGGUGAGGAAGUGGACAAGCUCUUACCCACUAAAAUAAUCCGGGAAGUCCAAUACCCAACUUGGGUGUCCAACCCGGUCAUGGUCAAGAAGGAUACGGGGGUUUGGAGAAUGUGCGUCGACUUCACCGAUCUCAACAAGACCUGCCCCAAGAACUGUUACCCAUUGUCCAAGGUUAAUAUCUUGGUAGACUCGGCAAUGGGAUACGAGAUCCUCUGUUUCCUGGAUGCGUUCAAAGGUUAUCACCAAAUUGGUGUGAGCCAAGAAGACCAGGAGAAGACGGCCUUCUACACUGACCGCGGCACGUACUGUUACACUACCAUGCCAUUCGGGCUGAAGCAUGCCGGAGCCACUUACCAACGCUUGGUCAACCAAGCAUUCAAGUCUCAGAUCGGCCGGAACGUUGAGGCCUAUGUGGAUGACAUCCUCCUCAAAAGCCAGACGACCUCUGCUUUUCUGGCCGACCUGAAAGAGGUCCUUGAUAUUCUCCGGAAGACGCGAAUGAUGCUGAACCCCAAGAAAUGCGUCUUUGGGAUCACCUCGGAAAAAUUUUUGGGUUACCUCGUCUCAAGACGAGGCAUAGAAGCGAACCCGGAUAAGGUGCGAGCCAUCCAGGAGAUGUCUCCACCUCAGUGCAUCCGCGAUGUCCAGAGGUUGACGGGGCGAUUGGCCGCCCUGAACCGGUUCCUAUCGCAGUCAGCUUCCAAGGCCCUGCCAUUUUUUAAAGUCUUGAAGAAAGCUGACCACUUCUCCUCGACUGAAGAGUGUCAACAGGCGUUUGAGCAGCUGAAGGACUACCUUCACUACCUUCCCACGCUCACCUCACCUCGUCCAGGGGACAAGUUGAUCUUAUACCUCUCUGCUGCGGUCGAAGCCGUGAGUGCCGUGCUGAUAAGGGAGGAAGGAGUCCAAAUGCCCGUCUACUACGUUAGUCGAGUUCUCCGAGGUCCCGAGACAAGAUACACACAAGCGGAGAAACUUGUGCUGACCCUGAUCCAUGCAGCCCGCAGACUCAAGCCCUAUUUCCUAGCUUACCACAUCUGUUUGAGGACUGAUCAACCACUCCGGCAGAUCUUGACACGACCUGAAGCAUCGGGACGUCUUACCAAAUGGGCCAUUGAGCUGGGGGAAUAUGACCUCUCUUAUGAAUCUCGCACGGCAAUUAAGGCCCAGGCUCUCGCGGACUUUUUAGCCGAGCUCACCUUUGAUGAGGUGAAAGAACCCAUCCCAACUACCAUCCCGGUCACAGCUGAAGUGGCCAUCGCAGGGCUCCAUGAGGGUAGUGGAGCAGGCUUGCUCCUCGAAGACCCCCAGGGAGAUGUGUGCUCGUACGCCCUGAGGUUCGACUUCGCUACCUCCAACAAUGAAGCCGAAUACGAAACUGUCAUAGCCGGCUUACAACUAGCUCGAAAACUCGGGGCCGCACACAUCUUGGUCUAUAGUGACUUCCAACUCAUCGUGAACCAGAUAUUGGGUGAAUACGAGGCCAGGGAUGAGGUGAUGCAUCGUUACCUCUCUAAGGUCCUCCAGCUGGUGGCGCACUUUGAGUCUUUCGAAAUUCAAAGGAUACCGCGGUCACAGAACCGGAGGGCUGAUGCUCUCUCCCGACUCGCUUCUACUUCUUUUGGCGACCUGAACAAGACGGUUCUCGUAGAAGUCCUAGUCGAGUCGGGUUACGAAGGAGAGGUUGUAUAUCCCAUUUAUCCCGGGGACACUUGGAUGGGGCCUUUGGUUCGAUUUCUCAGCCGGGGUGAGCUCCCAGACGAUCGAGCUGAAUCACGGAAGCUUCAACGAAAAGCAGCUCGGUACGCCCUCCUACAAGACCUCUUAUACAAGAGGUCUUACCUCGGCCCCUGGCUACGAUGUAUCACGCCGGAGGAAGGCUGGAGAAUCCUCCAAGACAUACAUGAGGGACUCUGUGGUGCUCAUGUCGGCUACAGGAUGCUCGUUAAGAAAACCCUGUUGCUGGGAUACUUCUGGCCAACCAUGAGAGUAGAUGUCCAGGUCAUGGUCCUUAGUUGCUCCUCCUGCCAGCAUCACGCCCUUGAGCACCACCAGCCGACCAACCUUAUGAUCCCCAUCACCUCGCCAUGGCCAUUCGAGCAAUGGGGAACUGACAUAAUUGGUCAAUUCUCCAGGGCUCCAGGCAACUAUGCCUACGUGGUGGUGGCCGUGGACUAUUUCACCAAGCAGUUCGCAGAUAAUCCUUUCAAGGAGUGGUGUGAAAACUUGGGGAUUAAGCAACAUUUCACUUCGGUUGGACACCCUCAGGCAAAUGGACAGGUUGAGAACUUUAAUCGAACUCUCCUUCAUGGUCUCAAAACCAGGCUUCACCGGACUGGAUCGUCCUGGAUGGAAGAGCUUCCUAGCGUGCUGUGGUCCUACCGAACGACGCCGAGAUCAGCAACUCAAGAAACUCCGUUCUCUCUAACUUAUGGAUCCGAGGCUGUCGUCCCAGCCGAGUUCAUCACUCCCAACCCGCGAAUGGCCGCGUAUGCUGCCGAGGUCAACGAAGAGGAGCGACGAGUUGAUCUCGACCUCGCCGAAGAGAAACGCGAUAUGGCCGCGGCCAAAGUUGCUAUUUAUAAAAAUAUCCUAACUGGUUAUUAUAAUGCUCGAGUCAGACACCUAAGAUUCAGUCCGGGAGACCUGGUACUCCGGAAGAACUCGAUUAGCCGAGCUGAACCCCAGGGGAAACUUAACCCCAAAAGGGAGGGACUCUACCGUGUUGUUGAGUCCAGCAAAAAUGGAUAUUGUAAACUAGCUUACCGAGAUGGUUCUCGGGUGCCCCGAACUUGGCACGCUGAAAACCUUAAGUUGUAUCACCCUUGA